UGGGCCUAGUGGCUUGGGAUGAAAAAAUUGGAACCUGAACUUCCCAAGUCCAAGCCACUAGCCCGCAGACUUUGCCAGUAAAGGAGCACCGGAAAUGGCCGGUUCACCGUCUCUUCUUCCCUCUCCUAGGCCCUAACCCUAAUUCCCUGCUCUCCUUCUCUGGAGAAGAUGAGCUCUCUCCUUAGAUGUGGCCACCGUCUCCUCUCCUCAAAACGCUCGAGAUCGAUCCCUAUCCUCCGACGCUUCUCCCUCCCGGCGAAAGAGGACGCCGACGAUGGAGGGGAGUCGGAGGUGUUCGACCAGCGGAAGCUCCCCGCCGACUACGACCCCUCCACCUUCGACCCGGCGACCGCGCGGAGCCCACCUUCUGACCGUGUCUGGCGCCUGGUCGACGAGGUCUCCGCCCUCACCCUCGCCGAGGUCGCAGAGCUCUCCUCCAUCCUAGUGCGGAAGAUGGGCCUGAAGAACCCGCCGGUCAUCGGCGUCAUGAACGCCGGGGGCGGCGGGGCCGGGACCGCCGCUGCCGGGGCGGCGGGGGCGCCGGGGACGGAGGAGAAGAAGCAAGAGAAGACGGUGUUCGAGCUGAGGCUGGACUCGUUCGACGCGGCCGCUAAGAUCAAGGUGAUCAAGGAGGUGAGAGGGUUUACGGAUUUGGGGCUGAAGGAGGCGAAGGACUUGGUGGAGAAGACGCCGACCAUUAUCAAGAGAGGCGUCUCGAAGGAGGAGGGGGAGCAGAUCAUUGAGAAGUUGAAGGCUGUUGGAGCAAAGGUUGUUAUGGAGUGAUGAAGAAAUAGAGUAUGCGGGCAGCUGGGAUAUUGCCUAGUGCCUGGGUGGUAUACUAGAAGGAGCUAGAAGAGGAUGGGAAAGGAAAGGAGGGCGGAGCGGACAUGAGAGAGGAGAGGAGGUGGGGGAGAAGGAUGGAGGAGGAGAGGAGGCUGGUUGCUGCAUAAUGAUUGAAUGGCAUUUUCUGCUGGAUCAGCAUAUAGUUCAGGCCACUCAUGCAGGCCUCCUAGGCCUUUGUGAGCACCUAGGCAAUGUUAAGAAGCCACAUCAACAGCUUUAGAGCAAUGAUAUAACUUAUGUAUUGUCUUAUGAAUUGUUCACAACUUGGAGUUCCAUUUCCUAAAGUUCAUCCUGUUUGCAUAGUCCUAAGGUAUUAGAAUUAAGUGCUUGAUCUUUGUGUUGUUAACACUUGCUUGUUAUUGCUUGCUAAAGUUCACCAAAUGCCUCAUUCAAAUCAA